GGAAAUUUUUAUGCCUACGUGUGAGUCCGAUAAAACAAUAUCUACAAUCCGCACACCCGUUUACAAAGAAAAUAUUCACGGACAUUAGUUAAAACGUUUUUUCCAUGUCGCUUAUGACAUUUCUGCAACUCGGCAAUGAAACACCUUUUCCCCUUAUUCCUCUUAAUAAUGGUGCUUUCCAUGGCGAGUGCUGCGAACUGUGUGAGAGUAGGGACAAUUCCAUGCAACGGAACAAUUCCCAUCGAUAGCCAGUACGAUUUGGGUUCGAUAUGGUCGUUAGAAUCAUUCCGAAAUAGAGUGACCCGGCUAAGCGGCGGGAUAAUGGAGUUUAGAGAACAGUCUAUAGAUAAAACUCUUCAGAAUCGACUGGUGUCCGAAUCCGGGAUGUCCUCUGACAGUAUUCUCGUUUUCGAGAUAGCACCGGUUGCAGCGGCUGCUUCAAGGCUGUCUGGGUCGCUCGAGGACGCACGUGCGUGCUCAGCUAUGCUGGAUCCUUUAAAAGGUGGAAUGGGCGGAUUGGUAUCGCGAAGCGCACGGUUUACCAUUCUGCGCGCGACUGGAGCAAACGGUGCGACAUGUUCUUUGCCCUUAAAUGUAUCGCUUGUGAGCGGCAACAGGAUGAGCAUGACGACGCUAUUGUUUGACGACGCAAAGUCUAUGUUUUCCAAAUCCGUUACUUUUGACGCUGCCAAAGACGGGUCCUGGCCCAUGGAAGUCACUUUCAGCUCUCAGUGCACAUUGCAGUUUGUUUUGCUGGUUGACCGAUACGGGACCAUCAAUCGAUGGUACGUGUGGAUCCCUACUACGGUUUAUACUGCCAUCAUCGUCGCGCUCUUUUUACCAACAGUCGCACUGCGUCGACCGCUCCCGGUCCAUCUUGCAGGUCUUUACCUUUUUUUAGUGUUCUUCGGCUUUCUGGGAUCCACCAUUGGCCUUGUCGUCGAGCUGCUACAGUGGCAGAGCACUCUGGGUCGAAUGUUUCCCUUUCCGCCAUCCGUCACGCUUUACAGCUGCCUUCCCAUACUGUACAUGCUUCUGUUUUUUCCAACCCUCUACCGUCAAGGCAACAACACGAUCUUGUUUAUGGGCACAACCCGCCUGUUCACUUACGGUCUGAACUGUGCGUUGUGCGUUGGGUAUUGGAUUGCAGGGUAUGUGGUGCUCGGCUCUUUGGCUGUCUUUCAGCUUCUGGCAACCAACUUCAUCAUCACGUGGUAUUACGCAUAUGUGACAGUUCGCCUUCGGCGCGCAGUGCAAGGAUCGUCGUCGCUGCCCAAGUUUUCCAACAACUUCAUUUAUCUUUGGUGCGCCCCUGUGACGCCGUUCGCGUGCUGCGCACUCAUGUACUACGACCUCUACCUCCUGACACAUCGAGAUGCUAAGAGAGACGUUUGCGCCAUCCGAAUGCGCGACGUCGCGCGUGUGUACAAUGUCCAAAUGUCACUUCCGCUGCUGUUUUUUCAAAACAUUUACGGUGUUGCGCUGCUAGCGACAGCUACGGCCUUCCAUAUGCCUUUUGUGGUGCUUCUGUUCGUUGCUCUCUUAUUUUGGGUAGUGCACUCUAUUUACGUGAUAGAGCAAUACUGCAAGGAGUUGUCGCGCUGGCGUCGCCACGGUACUUCUUUCAGCACAUGUGUGUGCCUAUCUCUCUCCGCAGUGAUGAACAAACUUCUUUCUGGUAGCGUUGGCGAGGCAAGUUCUCCCUCGCCUCCUUCACAAGCGUUUUCACACGCUGUAAUCCCCUCGCCUGAAAGAAUGCGACGGCGCAGCCAGGCAGGCCAAUACGAGGAAGACCUUGCGGAAUACCGUAACAGCCAGUUAAGCUCCUCUGCGACUUCCGAUGAUGAUGAUAGCUACGACGACCGCCUGCAGCGCCGCUCUCGCAGACCGAUUCCCGAUCAGUCCGCCGCCUUUUCUACACCGUCUCAACAGACAAUCAAUGAUGCGCCCGAGUUCUGGCCAAGCAGUGUGGAGCGCUAA